CAUUAAGUCUGCCGUAUGUUCAUUCUUGUUUCCAUAAGAAAAACAAAACGCUAACUCAUAUUUUCAUUAAAUUUAUUUAUUAUUUUUCUCUAAUUUCAUACAAAAAACAAUAUAGGAAGACAAUUCUAUAAAUGCAGACGUGGUAAAGAAGGAGGUGGUUGCGACUUCUUUUUGUGGGCUGAUGAAGACCGUAAUUUAACUUUAAACAAUACACGGGUACUUCCGGGAGCAAGUACUACACCAGUAUGUAUGUGUAAUACACCAGCUACAUUAAGAACAGUUUCAAAAGCAGGUCCUAACAAAGGUCGACAAUUUUAUUGUUGCCCUAAACCGAUGGGACAGGGAUGUAACUUUUUCAAGUGGGCAGACGAGACGGACAAUAGGAGUACAAACAAUGGUAACGAUGGUGAUGAUGAUGACGAUGACCCCGCAGACGAUGAUGGUUGGGGAGGUAGAGGUGGUGGUCGAAGUAUUUUAAAUACGUCUGCUACAUUCAAGGGAGCAAGCAAUUGGAAAAAAAAUUCAGGAGGAAAGGCUAAGGGUAGAACGAAAAGUACAACUCGUCAAGUUCCCUACCAAAAGCCGAGGGGCAAAAGAAAAUGCGGAAUUUGUGGACAAGAAGGCCACACAAGGAAAAACUGCCCAAAUAGUUGAAGAAGUAAGAAACUUAAGUCACUUUUUUGUACAGUGUAUAUAAUAUUUUGUUAAUAUUGACAAGUAUUAGUAGAUAAAUAAAUCUUUUGUACGUUG